AAAGUGGCCGAACACGUUAAUUCUCACUGCCUCCUCCAGAAACUAAACGGUUUAGUGCUUUUAGUGGCUACCUCCAUAUAUUUUUUUCCAGUUAGUAUUUGCUAUGACUGCACCGCUGAAAGUAUGUAUCAUAGGGUCAGGGAACUGUUUGAUACGAAGCCCAUUCUUUCAACAAUAAUUAUUGCAGUAAACCUUGACUUAAUGGGUUCUGCAAUUGCAAGGAUCAUUGGUAACAAUGCAGAGAAACUCCAUCGGUUUGCCACUACAGUUAAGAUGUGGGUAUAUGAGGAGAAUGUAAAUGGUAGGAAGCUUACUGACAUCAUUAACACAGAGCACGAGAACGUCAAAUACCUUCCAGGUUACAAACUUCCAGAAAAUGUGGUUGCAGUGCCUCAGUUGCAGGUUGCUGCAGAAGGAGCAGACUUGCUGGUCUUUGUGGUCCCACACCAGUUUAUUCGAAAGCUGUGUGAUCAAUUGAUGGGAUGUGUUUCUGAAAAUGCCCGUGGAAUUACUCUUAUUAAGGGCAUUGAUGAGGGGCCUGAGGGAUUGAGACUCAUCUCUGACAUUAUCAGAGAGAAGAUGGGCAUUGAUGUCAGUGUCCUCAUGGGGGCCAACAUUGCUAAUGAGGUGGCUGCUGAGAAAUUCUGUGAAACCACUAUUGGGAGUAAGGUCUUCGAAAAUGGCCUGCUUUUUAAGCAGCUUCUGCAGACCCCUAACUUCCGGAUCACUGUCGUAGAUGAUGCUGACACAGUGGAGUUGUGUGGCGCUCUGAAAAACAUUGUUGCAGUGGGUGCCGGCUUCUGCGAUGGCCUACAGUGUGGAGACAAUACCAAGGCGGCGGUUAUCCGACUGGGACUGAUGGAGAUGAUUGCUUUUGCUAAACUCUUCAGUAAAGACAACUCUGUGUCCUCCGCAACCUUCCUGGAGAGCUGUGGUGUGGCCGACCUCAUCACUACCUGCUAUGGUGGUCGCAACCGCCGUGUGGCGGAGGCCUUCGUCAAGACCGGCAAGAGCAUUGAGGAGCUUGAGCGAGAGAUGCUGAAUGGCCAAAAGCUUCAGGGGCCACAGACCUCUGCUGAAGUUUACCACAUCCUCAAACAGAAAGGCUUAGUGGAAAAGUUCCCCUUGUUUGUGGCAGUGCAUCAGAUCUGCUUUGAAGGCAAGCCAGUCCAGGACAUGAUCACCUGCCUACAGAGUCACCCAGAGCAUCUCUGAAAGUCCUGUAGUGAUUUGCAUUCCCGGUAAUCUUCUACAAACAAAGGAAGCUCUGACAUUCAACUUAUGGGUAGAUGUGUCUGUUUCACUCAGUGUUACAUGCACUGCAUUAUUUUACCCAGGCCUCCACCCUUUAGUUUUCAGUUUGGCAAAGUGGAACUCCUGAACCUAAGGUUAGCUUGGGGUCACUUUCACGUUCCGAACAGGCUUGGGAGUGGCUAAAUGGGUGUUUUUUGAUUCAGCAUUACCUUAUCAAGUUCCCUAAGUAUAUGAAGAAUACAGAGUUAUCCUUUGGAUAGAAUGUGAAGCCAUAUGUGAUAUCUACAUCUGUACUGUUACUAUGUUUUUAAACUUUUCUCUGUAUUGACUGCCCUCUUGUGGAGGAUUAAUAACUACUAUAUAUAAAAGAUGGGAGAGGUUAAUUUAAAAAAACAAACAAAACAAAAAACUUUUAUUUUACCACUGACAAUGGUAUGUCAUAUCGUUUUAAUCACCUAACAAUGGUGCCCAAUGGAGUCCAGCAUUGACAUGCUAUUGAGCAACUGCUGCUCAAAACCAGUGACUGUCAUACAUUUCUCAAGUACUGCUUAAGGCAGGGCAAGAGGCAGUUCUAUGGAUCUGCUGCUUGCGUGCUUACUGGUGAUGACCUGUUACACAAAACUAAAUGACUCUUGGGGACCAGCUGCUUUUUCCCAACCUUCUGGUCAAGUUCUUCAUUAGGCAGGUUUAAUACGAAUGCUCAUUUACUAUGCUUUGAAAUCUCUGUGGAGCCAGCAUUGUAAUAAUUAGUAGUACAUUUUUAAACUUUUUGAUACUCUUAAUACAUUUUAAAGAGCCUCAGUUGUACAUUUCUUAUGCCUUUUUUUUUGUUUAAAAGGGUAUGUAGCGAAUGCUUGUCAAUCUGAUUUUUUUUUUUUCCUUCUUUCAGUGUUACUAGAUACACUGCUACAUACACUACGUACACUUUUUCCAGUUUUCUAAUAUUGGUUGAGAAGGUCACAAAAGAAUCAGAAAACUCUCAGACAGUAACAUAGAUGAUGAUGAUGAUGAUUUUUAAUAUGUUAAAAUGUCUUCAAAGUUAAGGUCCAGGGGGGAUAUCUAAACCCUAGUGUUUGUGAUUAGCCUACUUGGAAAAGCUGUAGUGCCCUGAUAAUUGUCAUUAUUUCAUUACUCUGCUUUGUCAGUGUAUACCACCCUCUGUUCAACAGACAGGGUAUUAUUUAGCUACUUUGCUUUCUAUACAUUAUUAAAACAAUCUUUUAUGAUGGGGAAUUUAGUUUGCUUAUUUACACUUAAAAAACACCAGUUGUGUUAAAACUGCUCUCAAAAUGUAAAACUGAAAGCAAAAUAAUAUUUCAUGUUGUAAGGCUUUUCAAAAAGCAUUGUACACAAACUGACACAUGGUCAUAUUUUGUCUCCAGAGAAACCAAGAUAACUUGGAAAAGGUGUUUUUUUUUUUUUUUUUAAACAUACCAAUUUUCCCUAUAUAAUGGCUAAAUUCACCAUCUUUCUGUUAUUUUGAUUUCAGUGUCCUGUGUCUUAAUACACCUUUCCCCUUUUUUAUAUUGCUCUGUACCUUGCAUACAAACUCUGUGAUGUAAUCUUUUUUUCUCUUAGUGUAUUGUGCAGUUUUCUCUCAUUUGAGUAAGGUUGGACCACCAAGUGGUCAGAACAGAUUUUUACUUUGUGAUGACGGCAGAUACUACUUAGGAGAGUCAAAGAAACUUGGCACCUAAAAUGAAUAAUACAGGUGCAAAUCUUCCUUCUUUGUCCUCUAACCUUUUUGUAACAAUGCCAUAUCAAGCUAGCUAAAGAAAAUCCUCUCACUAGUGACUCAUUCCAUGUUGCCUGUGUGCUUAAUGAAGAUGUAAUUUGCCUUUUA